CGAGCGCCGUCGACCGCCACGACGCGUCCGGCCCCGACACCCAGGCGUCGCUGCUUCUCAGAAGGGGAGAGGCGAGAGACGCCAUGAUCGACCCCAGCUCGUCGGAGGAGGAGAGCGAGGAGGAGCAGCACCGCCACCACCACCACGCGCAGUCGUCGGGCGCCGCCAGCCUCGACGUGCCCGCCGGCGCCGCCAGCCUGCCCAGGUCGCUGUCGCCAGCGAGCGCCGUGUCCGCGGAGACGCUGAGCCUGAGCGCCACCGCCUCCAAGGCCAGCUCCCUGCCGCGACCCACCAGUCCCAGCCCGUCGGUCGUCAGCGAGAAGGCGGAGGCCGACCUGCAGGACAAACAAGAACGCGAAGAAGAAGAGCGGAAACAGAAGAUACAACUUUAUGUGUUCAUAUCCAGAUGCAUAGCCUACCCGUUCAAUGCAAAGCAGCCGACUGACAUGACUCGUCGCCAGACUAAGAUAACGAAACAGCAGUUAGAAACCAUCCAAGGAAGAUUUCAGAGUUUUUUGAAGGGAGACACGCAGAUCAUGGCAGACGAGGCCUUCCAGAACGCUGUUCAGAGUUACUACGAGGUGUUUCUCCGCUCAGAGAGGGUUAUGAAAAUGGUUCAAUCUGGCGCAUGUUCGCAACACGACUUCCGUGAAGUUUUCAGGAACAAUAUCGAAAAAAGAGUCAGAUCGUUACCAGAAAUUGAUGGCCUUAGCAAAGAAACUGUCCUUACAUCAUGGAUGGCCAAAUUCGAUUGUAUAUUUAAAGGUGAUGAAGAUUCAAAGCGACCUUCCAGGAUGCAACAACAGUCGCUGAACAGUGAGCUGAUCCUGUCGAAGGAGCAGCUCUACGACAUGUUCCAGCAGAUCCUGGGUGUAAAGAAGUUUGAACACCAGCUCCUGUUUAAUGCCUUACAGCUUGACUCUGCAGAUGAGCAAGCAGCUGCCAUCCGAAGAGAAUUGGAUGGAAGGAUGCAGAAAGUAGCAGAAAUGGAAAAGAAUAGAAAGUUAAUGCCCAAGUUUGUUUUGAAAGAAAUGGAAUCCCUUUACAUAGAAGAAUUAAAGUCGUCAAUCAAUUUGUUAAUGGCCAACCUAGAAUCCCUACCUGUAUCCAAGGGGUCCAUGGAUUCAAAAUAUGGUCUUCAAAAAUUAAAGAAGUACAACCACAGAUCACAAGGGUCUCUGGCGAAACUGGAGGGCGACUCUGGCGAUUGUGAUACACAGCUUACGAAGCUUGAUGUGGUCCUCACCUUUCAACUAGAGGUGGUGGUCAUGGAGGUGAAAGGUCUGAAAUCAUUAGCACCUAACCGAAUUGUGUAUUGCACAAUGGAAGUUGAAGGAGGAGAGAAACUGCAGACGGAUCAAGCAGAAGCUUCCAAACCCAUGUGGGACACGCAAGGAGAUUUCUCGACCACACAUCCCUUGCCAGCGGUGAAAGUAAAGCUUUACACAGAGAACCCAGGCAUGCUAGCUCUAGAAGACAAGGAACUGGGGAAGGUCAUACUUCACCCAACACCUCUUUCUUUGAAGGUUCCUGAAUGGCACAAGAUGUCUGUGCCAAAGAAUGCACCUGACCAAGAUUUAAGAAUGAAAAUUGCAUGCAGGAUGGACAAACCACUGAAUAUGAAGCACUGUGGGUAUUUAUAUGCAGUUGGGAAAGCUGUAUGGAAAAAAUGGAAGAAGAGAUACUUUGUCUUGGUACAAGUGUCUCAGUACACAUUUGCAAUGUGUAGUUACAAAGAAAAAAAGUCUGAGCCAUCGGAAAUGAUGCAACUGGAUGGCUACACUGUGGACUACAUCGAACCAGCCAGUGCAAAUCUGAUGGUUGGAAUGGACUUGGAUGGUGGGCGUUUCUUUUUCAAUGCUGUCAGAGAAGGUGACAGUAUACUCUAUGCCAGUGACGAUGAGAAUGAGUGUCACUUGUGGGUGAUGGCCAUGUACCGUGCUACAGGCCAAUCCCACAAACCUACGCCUCUCAUCACACCUGCCGGCAAGAAUUCUACCAUAUCGAAAAUCCAGGGAGAUGCCGACCGUGCUAGAAAACACGGCAUGGAAGAAUUUAUAUCGGCGGACCCUUGCAAAUUUGACCAUGCAAUGCUGUUUAAGAUGCUUCAAACACUUACCUUAGACUACAGACUAAGUGAUCCUUAUUGCUCUCUGGGUUGGUUCAGCCCGGGACAAGUGUUUGUUUUGGACGAGUACUGCGCAAGGUAUGGGGUUCGAGGUUGCUACCGACACCUCUGCUACCUCGGGGACCUUCUGGACCGCGCUGAGAAAGGAAUCAUGAUUGAUCCGACGCUCAUCCACUACAGUUUUGCCUUUUGUGCUAGCCAUGUCCACGGGAACAGACCGGAUGGUGUUGGGACUGUUACUCACGAAGAAAAGGAAAAAUUUCAAGAAAUAAAGGAAAGGCUAAGGAUAUUGCUUGAAAACCAAAUUACAAACUUCAGGUAUUGCUUUCCAUUUGGAAGACCAGAAGGUGCUCUGAAAGCGACACUGUCGCUACUGGAAAGGGUUCUGAUGAAGGAUAUUGUUACACCUGUCCCACCAGAAGAGGUGCGAGGGAUGAUUAAAAAGUGCUUAGAAACUGCGGCUUUGGUGAAUUACACCAGAUUAUCUGCUGAAGCUAAAAUAGAAGAUGAUCUGAGCGGCGAGGUGACUGUGGCGCCAAGCAAGAAGCUUGAAGACCUAAUACACUUGGCAGAGCUGUGUGUGGAUCUACUGCAGCAGAACGAAGAGCACUACGCGGAGGCGUUUGCGUGGUUCAGUGAUCUUCUGGUGGAGCAUGCUGAGAUCUUCUGGUCGUUGUUUGCCGUCGACAUGAACCAGGUGUUGGCAGAGCAGCCUCCAGACACGUGGGACUCAUUUCCUCUCUUUCAGAUCCUCAACGACUACCUGCGAACUGACGAUAAUCUGAAAAAUGGGAGAUUUCAUCAACAUCUUCGAGACACAUUUGCACCCUUAGUUGUGAGAUACGUUGAUCUCAUGGAGUCUUCCAUUGGCCAGUCUAUCCACAAAGGAUUCGAAAAGGAGAGAUGGGAAAUAAAAGGAAACGGCUGUGCUACUUCCGAAGAUUUGUUCUGGAAGCUAGAUGCUCUACAGUCUUUUAUCCGUGAUCUGCAUUGGCCAGAUGUGGAAUUCCGGCAGCAUUUAGAACAGCGCUUGAAAUUAAUGGCUUGUGAUAUGAUUGAGUCAUGCAUCGCAAGAACUGAUGCUGCCUUUCAACAGUGGCUGAAAAAAGGUGUCACUUUUAUCUCAACUGACUACAUUAUUCCCUCCGAAAUGUGUGCCAUGGUCAAUGUAAUUCUCGAUGCUAAAAAUCAGUCUUUCAAACUUUGUGCUGUGGAUGGAGUUGAUGUGCAUCAGUAUCACACAAAAAUUGAUGACCUGAUUGAAAAGACGUCUGCCAGUAUGACUCAAGGCAUGAUCAGCAAACUUGUUUCAGUUUUGGAAACCUCCCUGUCAAAACUUUCACGAUACGAUGAAGGAAGUCUGAUUGGAUCCAUCCUUAGCUUUACAAAUGUUUCAGGUUCUGGGAAAGAUAUGGGACAAGCAUACGUCAAUUUCACCCGAAACUGUAUGGAUCAAAUCCGAAGCAAAGUAAAUGAUGAACUGUGGAUCCUGAAUUUUUUUGAGCAAUGGUAUACUGCUCAAAUUCAGAUGCUUUGUAACUGGUUGUCUGAGCGACUGGAUCAUUCUCUCCACCUGUAUCAGUGCACAUGCUUAGCCCAUAUUGUGAAGAAAUUAUAUUCAGACUUCGAGCUACAAGGAGUUAUGGAGGACAAAUUGAACUCUAAAACUUACCAAACUGUUUCACAGCGUAUGCAGACUGAGGAAGCCACAUGUGCACUUACGAUGAGCAGUCGUCGUGAUAAUGAUGACUCUGAGGGCUAUCCAGAGACGGGGAUUGAAGAGGAUGCUGACAGAGGAAAGCCCAAAGUAACCAUCCGUGAAACACUAGGAGAAGAUGGGAACUAUGUGGCCAAAAUCACCAAUGUGACAACCAAUGUUGUUGGACGGGUUGGAAACAUGUUUGGAAAGGGAAUUGGAGGUAUAACUAGUAAAUUUGGAGGUGGCAGUUGGUUUUAGAGUGCCGCUGUUUUACUCUUAGCGGCUGUUACCUUAAGUGACUACUAGUUCAGGUGGUACUGAAAUGUUUUUUUUAGUAUGCUCUGAGUUUGUACGAUUAAAAAACUCUGCCUGUGAUACUACACAGACAACUCUCAAAAUUGUUAUGUUCAUACAGACAUGAGAAUAGAUGUUUGUGGAUAAGUAAACACAAAAUGUAUAUAUUAUAAAUAUAUAAAUAUAGAAUUGAGCCACUAGUAUGAAUAAUGUAGUAUGCAUUCAAAGAUGAUGCAUCAAAUAAUUUUGCUAAUACAUUGUAAAUAUUGCCUCUAAACCUAAGGUACUUAAAUUUUUCCUGGAGAACUCUGUAAAUAAUUUUUCCUUUUUUAACGAAAUGAAAUUCAAGAACUCCACAGUAUUCAAGAGCAUUGUUAUCCAUUAAAAUAAUAUGCGAGAACUAUAUUCAAGAACAUUGUUAUCCGUUUGAAAAUUAUCUUUGUUACAAGUAUAUUUUACAUGUUUGUGCAUGGAUUAAUAUUUAUGUCCAUGUGUUAUGCAUUUAAUACGCAAAUUAUGAUUUCGGCAUACCCAUUACCUGAGUCCAAACAAAUUACUGAUUUUAAUAGAAAAUUGAUGUAGAAUAAGCACAAAUAUUAACUGAAAAUUACUGCAUUAUAUAAUUGGUAUUUAAUAUGCUUCAGGAAACAUUUUAAGCUUCUUUUUAUUAUUAUGUUCAGUAACUGAAUACAUUGUUCAAAAGCAAUACAACAAAUAAACAACUUAAGCAUGUGAACUAUUGCAGCAAUUCUGUGUGAUACAUAUUUUAGUUAGCUGUUGAAGGUUUGAUGUUAACUUGCUCUUGCCAAAAAUCUUACUUUUUCUAGCUUGAAUAUCAAUAAGCAUAUUUCUGAGAGCUCUAAUCAGACAACAAUAUUUAUUUGGCAUUAAGCAUUUAAUAGCAGACUUAAAAUUUAAACAUUCAUUUAUUUUUAAUUUGAUGUGCGAUUAAAAUUUUGUACCUGAAAAAAUUUGUGGUUGUAUUGAUGUUUUAUUAUCUCUUUCAUUAACAUACAGUGUACAACUCAUGUUACAAUCUUACACACGUGUUGUCUCUCUAGUCGCCAUUCUACACACACCGCGUACCAACUUUCCAACAUCUACAUUACCACAUCUCCCUCUUAAUUGCUACGUCGACACACACUAGAUUUAUUAAUGAAAUUAUCUUGAUACAUAUUCAUUAAGGUAGACAGGUUUUUGUGGGAUUCUUUGUGACCUGGACCUUGUGGGCAUGUGUGGAUGAGCUCUGCAGUCCCCUGGUUGAUUAUUCUUAAGAUCUGAGUCUGUGAAACCUUUGAAUCCCCCGUCUAACACUCUUUCAGACUGCGUGGGCUGCUCAGAAGCUAAUUUUACCACUUUGUGUUCACCUGACCAGUACCCUUGUUUGCCGACCUUAAUGUCUUGUCCUGCUACUGCAAAUUCUCUUCUUGCAAAGGAUCGCUUCAAAUGAUUAGUGUUCCUUCUCUUUACCCUACCCUUUUCAUCCUGGAUAAGUACUGAGCGUGGGGCACCUAGGACAUCAAUCACACAAGCAGGCUUCCACACACCCUCAUCUAGAUAAACAACAUUGUCACCCUUUUGGAACUCAACAUGUCGCAGCUUGGCAGUCUUGUCAUAAUGCUGCUUGUUUUGGAAAUUUUUCCGUGCCUGUAACAAAUCAAAGUUUUCAACAAUUUUAGGUUUCAACAAGUGAUUGUGAAUUGGCAGAGUAGUUUUGGUCCUCCUACUGAACAAGAGUUGAGCUGGACUGAAAUGUGAACCUAAAAUGGGAGUAUUGCUAUAUUCAAGUAGCAUUGUAUGAACAUCAAGAUUUUGCUCUGCACACUUUUUUAACAUUUUUUUACAAAUCCCUACUGCCCGCUCUGUCACCCUUUUGGAACUCAACAUGUCGCAACUUGGCAGUCUUAUCAUAAUGCUGCUUGUUUUGGAAAUUUUUCCGUGCCUGUAACAAAUCAAAGUUUUCAACAAUUUUAGGUUUCAACAAGUGAUUGUGAAUUGGCAGAGUAGUUUUGGUCCUCCUACUGAACAAGAGUUGAGCUGAACUGAAAUGUGAACCUAGAAUGGGAGUAUUGCUAUAUUCAAGUAGCAUUGUAUGAACAUCAAGAUUUUGCUCUGCACACUUUUUUAACAUUUUUUUACAAAUCCCUACUGCCCGCUCUGCCAGACCAUUACUUUUGGGAUAAUAUGGGCUUGCAGUUUGAAUGGUGAAGCCAUAACUUCUUCUAAACUCUCGCAUUUCAAAGGAAUUGAAAGGCAUGUUGUCUGCAACCAAGAUAUUGGGUACACCAUGUGUUGAGAAAAUUACUUUUAAGACCCUUACAACAGCAGAUGAACUCUUGGAGGUGAGGGGAACUAAUUCUACCCACUUGGAAUAGUAAUCACAGAGUACUAGAUAGGCACCCGAGCCAAAUUCGAGGAUGUCACAAGCCACUUUCUGAAAUGGUAAAGUUUGUGGUUCUUGUAAUAUUAUGGGCUCUUUCGGGUUUUUGGAGCUAAAUUUCUCACAGAGACCACACUUUGCCACAGUGUUUUCAAUGUCUGUGUCCAUGUUAGCCCAAUAGAACAAAGUUUUAGCUCUGGCUUUGGUUUUUGAGAUGCCAAAAUGUGACCGAUGCAAGUGCUCUAAUACAAAGUCUUUGAGGGAUGCAGGAACCAUGAUUCUAUGUCCCAUGAAUACUAGACCUUCUUAGACUACAACAUCAUUUCUGAAUUUAUAAUAGAAUUUUACAAUGUCUGGUACUUUAGUUUUUGAUGUUGGCCAUCCAUUUGAGUGCAGUUUGUUCAAUUCAGCUAACAGGGCAUCCUUUGCUGUCUCCUGUUGGAAAAUCACUUUGUUGUCAUUGGACAUGUUUACUGUGUGUACCACCUCAGUUAAGGAAACAUCAACAUCAGUGACAUCAGCUUUUGAACACGCCCUGCUUAGCGCAUCAACUACAAACAUUUUUGAACCAGGUACAUAAACAAGAUGCACUUUAUACAAGCUCAGUUUAAGUCUUAUGCUUUGUAGUCUUCUGGAUGAGAUCUUGUGAAUUUCUUUUUUCAUUACGGACAGUAAAGGUUGAUGGUCAGUUUGAAUGGUUACGUCUCUACCAUAAAUGUUCUGGUGGAAACGCUUGCUUGCAAACAAGACUGCCAAAAAUUCUUUGUCUAUCUGACCAUAAUUGAUUUCUGUAGGUGAAAGACACUUGGAUGCAUAGCACACAGGUUUGCCAUGCUGCAACAGAACACAACCUAUACCCUCCUUACUGCUAUCAGUCUGAAUUACAAUGUCUGCUGACUCAUCAAACGUUUGUAGGAAUGGUUCUGAAAUUAGUAUAGCCUUCAGCUUCUGAAGGCUUACUCCAUGAACAUUGGGGUCCCAAACAAAUUCAAAGUCUUUUUUCAGAAGGUUGUGCAAUGGGGUGGUGACUUCAGUGUAGUGAGGAAUGAAGUCUCUUAGAUAGUUAACCAAACCAAGAAAACGCUAGGUCUUGCUUACAUCCAGGUACAUCAUAAUUUACAAUGGCUGAGAUCUUGUCUGCAUCUGGAAGUACACGACCUUCUGUGAAAGUGUGACCAACAUACUUCACCCCUUUCACUUUGUACUGAAAUUUGUGGACAUUAAACUUUACGUUGCACUUUCGUGCCCUAUUGAGCACUUCUCUCAGAAUAUUGUCAUGAGCUUGCUCAUCCUCAGCAUAGAUUAACAAAUCAUCCACAUAUAUUAUGACACCAUCAAUGUCACCAAAUGUUUGAGUGUUGUAUUUUUGAAAUACCUCAGUGGAGAUAUUCAAACCAAAGGGUAGUCGUUUGAACUGAUAGGAGCCAAAUACAGUGGAGAAAGUACAGUAUAAUGAGCUUCGUUCAUCAAGAUUGACAUGCCAAAACGAGUCUUUCAGAUCAAGCACACUGAAGUAUUUUGCUUUGCCAAGCUUUGCAACAACAUCUUUGACUGUGGGUAAUUCUACAUACUCCUUGAUGUGCAUCAUUCCGAUCCUGAGUAUCAAGGCAGAGCCUUAAUGAGCCAUUCGGUUUUUCAACAAUUACUAAUCUGUUUACCCAUUCAGUUGGGUUGUCACAUUUGAUUAUUAUGCCUAACUGACAAAGUCUGUCUAAUUCAAUUUUUAACUGUGUUUUUAUUUGGAUGGGAAGUCUAUGAGUUGGAUUAGAUGAUGGUACACAGUUCUCUUUCAGCUUAAUAGUGUAGUCACCCUCAAACUUACCGAUGCCAGUGAAAACAUCUCUGAAGGCAGUCACUAUGUUUUCUUUGGAUAGCUGACACACUUCAUAGACUAUGUUCUUCUGUAGAAUACAUACCCUCUCACAAGUCGGAAGUCCCAAGAUUGGCACAGAAUCUUCAUUCACUAUCACAAAUGUUUCCAAGGAAUUCAAAUUGUUAAGAGACAAUGUUAAGUCACAAAGGCCCACAACAUCAAUGUGAGUGUUAUUGUAAGCAGCAAGUGACAUGUUUUCUUGUCGCAACUUGAUGCUUGGUUUGACACACUGCAGUUUGGAGAGGAUUGUAAGGGGUAAGAUGUUGACACAAGCACCAGAGUCAAUUUUGAAUUUGACACUCACGAGAUUUUCUACAAGAAAAGUUUCAGUCCAGCUUUUUGACAAUGCAAUGGUGUUCACUUCACAUCUUGUAUUUGCACCGCAGUUAUGAUCUUCACCGGUAGGCCUCGCUGAGAUCUCAUCACAGUAGUAAUCUUCAUACUCAGCAGCAUGUUGUGUAUCGUAUAACUACAUUUUACUUCAGUUACUUGUUGCUUAUCACCAAUUGCAGGUGAGUUGCAUACCUUGGCAAAAUGGUUCAUGCGCCCGCAGUGGGAACACAGUUUUCCACGUGCAGGACAUUUCAAUCGGUCUCUUGCAUGUUGUUAGCCACACCAUUUACAAGCAAUUUCAACAGUUGUUCGUUGUACAUUUGGGGCUUUCGUGGUACGGUAUUGGCUGUUUUUUCUGUACUUCAUUUCAUCCACUGUGAUUGUGCAGUGGCUUUCUUCACCGGAGUUAAUAACCUGACUUGCUUGUGUGCUAGUGAUUUCUGCUGUUCUGAAUCUUCGAAUUGUUUCGUCCAGAGUAACAUCUCCAAUUUUCAGCAUCUUUUCUUGUGUCGCCCGAUCUCGUGUUCCAAAGACAAUUCUAUCACGUAGAAUUUCAUCUGUGUUUUGAAAUUCGCAAUCCCGCAACAGUGUUUUUAGCUCCGUUACAAAAGCAUCAAAUUGUUCACCUUUCUUCUGUUUGCGGUUAUAAAACAAGAAUCUUGCAUGAAGAAUGUUUUUCUUUGGAUUACAGUAGGCCUGAAAUUUGUUCAGAAUUGUGGCAACAGUUUUGUUCUUUUCUUCGUCUGCAGUGAAGGUGAAGGUGUUGUAUACAUCUAACACAUCUUCCCCAAUUACAUUUAGGAGAAUAGCAAUCUUGCGUGAUUCACUCUGCGAUUGUAGAUUCGAAGCCUCAAGAUAGAUCUGAAACGCUUGACAAAAUUUUUUCCAGUUUUCUGCUAAGUUGCCCGUGAGCGAUAAAUUGGCAGGAACAUUAAAAGCAGUAGCCAUGUUGAAUUUACUAAACAUGUACAAGCACUCCCGAAUGCUAGGUGAUCAACAUUACCAUUAACGUCAGGACAUUUGAUGUAAAUCCUAGUUAGUUGGACAUACCGACUGCGCCAUGUAUUGAUGUUUUAUUAUCUCUUUCAUUAACAUACACUGUACAACUCAUGUUACAAUCUUACACACGUGUUGUCUCUCUAGUCGCCAUUCUACACACACCGCGUACCAACUUUCCAACAUCUACAUUACCACAGUGGUAUUGUAAGAUACAGUAGACAAUAAUACCACAAUGUCCCAUUCUUUACCACUUCUAAGAUGGGGUAGAGUUUAAAAGGGGUGUAAAUUUUAAAUUGGCUUUCGUAAAACACUUUGGCUUGAAAAUACUUAUGCUAAACAUGAAGCUUUUAAUCAUAUAGUAAUUAACUUAGUUUUUAAUUGUCUAAUUGGAAUUCUAAUAAACCUUUGUUAAUGUUCAUAGUGUGUUAAAUAAUUGAAGAUAACUUUUAUAUGAAUUACAGUAGUACAUACAAUUUAUAAGAUUGGUAAACUUUCUAAAUGAAAUAAUUCAAAGAUGAUUGUAACUAAAAUAUCUGUAAUGUUAUUAUGUUGUUACUUUAAUUUUUUUAUGAAUUUAAUUACUGUGAUGUUAGCUUUGAGGAAUCGACUAAGCUAUAACUUAAUAUAAAUCAUAACUUCGAGAACCAAAUAUGUAUUUUGAUUUUGGAUCAUUAUGAAAUAAAUGUUAGGUUUUUUUUUUUUUUUCAGGUUUAUAAAUUCACAUAAGUGUGUUUGUUGAACUAUUAGCAUUGGUUCAUCUAUAAAUUUCAGUAGUGCUGCAUUUUAAAUUCAUGCAUGCUAAUUUUUACCAAAAAGAAAUAUCAAAUUUUGCACUUACGGUCUGAUACCAGUUUAAAACACUGUUAACUAAUCAAAUAUAUCAUUGCCAUCACCAUAUGUUAUGUUUCACUAUUACAGGAGUAGACUUUAACACAAACUAAUGACUACAUAUGCUCAGUUGAGACUCCUAUUUUAAUUUUUUUACCUUGGGCAUUAUUGUUAUUAAAUACUUCAAAGUAGGCUGGAGUUUUCUUUAAAUUAGUUUUGAUGAUAAAUAUUUUCUACUGAAAAGCAUACCUACCUUUGUUAUCAAAUAUUGCAAAUCAAGUGUCAGCUUCAAAAAUAGGCGUAUAUUAAUGAUUUAGGGUUUUGUUACUGCAAUUUGUGUGAAUUUUCAAUAAAGUUUUUUUUUUUAGCUAUCAAUUAUUUAAUUUUCAUUUAAUUUAAUAUUUCAGACAUUGAAGUUCUCUCAUCUUAGUAAUUUGUAUUGGACUGUGGAAUAUUCAUAACUAAUUCUAACUUUUAUAGUUAAAUAUGUUUUAACUAAUUAGUACAUAAUUUUUUGCCCUAAUAUGAUUCACCCAAAAAUGAAAGGUUUGUAAAAAUACUCUUACAGAUAAGCUCUAAUAAUAGGUUAGCAGUAGGUGUUGGUUAUUAAUGUUAUUUGUUAUUAAUAUUAUGUUAUUACACAUUUAAAUUGCAGAGUGUAAAGAAAAUAAGGUUUUAGAGUGUAUUUUAAAUACUUUCAUAUUAUUAUUGGUAAAACUACAAUUUUUUUUUUUUAACCUUAUUUUCUUCUCUACCAAAAGGCCUACAGAUUCACUAAAUUCAUAAUAAAAGACAAAGUGAAGUGUGACCAAGCAAUCUAUACAAAUAAUUUAUUUUAUGGAAUGAAACCUUUAAAGUCAUUUAGAAAAUUAUUUAAAGGAUGUCUAAAACAUGUUGAACUCAACCAUUUUUGUUUGAUUUUAGUGUAUGCAGGUAAACAAACAUAGUGCUAUUUUGAAAAUAACAUAUUCCACGAUCAACACUUUGUCUUUUAGCUUCUUUAAUGUUUAAUUCAUUUUUUUGGAAUUUUUACACAACUUUUGCACUCAAAAACACUAAAGAAAUUGGCUUUGAACAGCAUACAUAAAAAGUUAAACCAAAAUUUAAUGAACACUUAGCUGUAAAGAGUGCUGUGUACGGUGUUGCCAUAAAACCGAGUCCCUGUCUGGUAUUAUUCUCUACUGUAUUUGGUAUUAUAACAGUAAGUAUGCAAUAGCCAGAAUAGUUCCUACCAACAAUAACAUUUUGUACUGCAUAUUUCUAAAACAAAAAAUACUCAUCACUGAUGCCUUUAUCUAAGUCACAAUGGUCUACCACGAGACACACAAACACCCAUAAUUUGGGUUUGGUUAAAAGUAUAUUUUCUUUUCACAUUGUUACAUUCUUAAAGCUUACGUACCUUUACUUGUAAAGGAAUGAGCAACUAACCACAGACUACUACUGAAAGUCUAAGCCAACACAGAGACUUUCAAAGUAGGUACAUAUUAAAACAAAUUUCUUAUGGCUGAUAUCCUUUCCUAAUCCACUCAAUAGCUUUCAGACUGAGAAACACACCAAUGUAAAAGGGAAAACCUCACCGUUAUUGAGUUGGCCUUUUAACAACAUAAGCAAACUUAUUUUUCAUGAAGUAGUUUCUAAAAUUUUACAUUUCUAGCAUAUGAAUGCACAAAAAUCUAAAAGAACUAUAAAAUUUAGUCUGUAGAGCACUCAAGCAUUUAAAGUGAAUCUUGUUUUAGUACGAAAACCAAUCAAUUGUUAUAUUUAAAUUUUCAAGCAUAAUAAACUAUUUGAAAUUUCAAGAGUUGCUCCAUCUUAGGUUUCAACUUAUGCUUCCUUAUCACCAGUUGCAUUCAAACAACUGCACAACUAUAAACAUUUAAACCUGCAAAUUUUGUCCUAUAACUAAAUGCAUUUCUCAUGUGUACAGUAAUUGUACAACUAUUGUACACUGUUUCAAGAAUAUGUAAAGAAAAUGACAAAUAUGAAUUAAUUGUUAUUUUAGAAUUCAGCAAUCCUUUCCCAACAACUCCGGCUGUCGCCUGUGAUUGUACAGGAGAAACACAAAUUAUUUUAACUCUUUCAGAAAAUCAUAAAAACAGUACAAUGUAGCUGAUUCACCUCAAACAUUUUCAAUCAAUAGAGGAUCUCUGAAAGGUUUUUUUUGCAGGUUAGAGUGACUCAAUAUGCUCUCCUUAAGUUAUGCUGCAAACAUUAAGGUGGUAUUCAAACUCGUCUCACACUAUGUGAAAUGGGCUACGGUGAUGGAUUCAAGAAUACAGCAGAAUUGCCACAAACACUUGGUCUUCAACAUAACCCCACAUAAAGAAAUCGCAUUGGGUUAAGUCUGGUGAUCGCGGUGGGCAUCUGACCCACACCACAUUGUUGAUACUAGCACGACCAAGACAUCUCACAAGGAGAUGUAUGUUUAGGUGUUCCUGUACAGCCAAGUGUGCACCAGCGUGUUGGAAAAUAAACUCAUUUGAUUCUUCUCCUAAUUGAGGCAGAAGCAACAAUGUAAUCAUUUUGAGGUAGGAAUGACCUGUGACGAUUUUAUGAAAAAGAAAGGCCCUUGAAAUCUUCUAACCCGACGUCGCACAUAACACAUUUCCUUUCUGGGAAUCUCUCUCAUGCUCGAUGGUGACAUGGGAAUUUUCGGUUCCCAAAAAAAGCACAUUGUGCUAUUUAUUUUGCCAUUUGUGUGUAAGGUGGUCUUGUCAAUAAAAAUUAACUGUAUGGGUAGGUUAUUGUCAUCAGUCCUUGUUAGUACAUAGUAGCAGAAUGUGUAGUGCACCAUAAUCAUCCUGUUUGAGUGCAUGAACCAACUGGUUUCAUGCACAAAUUUUUGUGCAAGAUGUUUGAUACCAGUUGAUUUGAGUGGGCUCCCAGAAAAUGAUUCUCGUGCAUGGUCCACAUCUUUCUCAGGGACAGAGGGUCGGCCAUUAGUCUUGUCUUUGCAAAUACACCCUCUCUCUACAAACGUCUUGUACCAAACAUAAAUGGCUGCAUGCGGGUUUUGGUGAGGGGGGGAGGGGUUCAUGUUAAAAUGUGUCCAGGAUUCAUGUUGACAUUGAACAACAGUUACCAACUCCUUUUUUACUAACUGAAUCACUGCUGUGCGGUAGGCACCAUUAUACCCACUAGCUGCUAUACUUUUAAAUCCAUCGCUAGCCUAAAAGUGGCAUGUUUCCCACCAACAGUUUGCACCAUGUGAUGUCGACGCAAAGAUUACUUUAGUUCUAGAGCACCUGAAGUUGAUACACAAGAUUGACAUAGGCUGAGCAUUGAUGGUUGCUUUGUUUAUGGAACUUACUAAUUUGCAAAAAGUAAGUAAUGGAAUCAGCUGAAGUAUGCAGAAGUGAGGUGUGCACUGAUUUUGAAAUGUGCUUUUAAUAUAUUUUUUAAUGCAUUUGUGAUGAUUGCAGGGUUGGCACGUUUAAAACAAAAUGUUUAAAACAAUAUGUUCAAAAUUGUUUUAAACAAUACACUCUGAAUAAAACAAGUUUAAAACACAAUGUUUAAAACAUUCUGUUUUAAACAUGUUUUUUUAUGUGUAUUUUAAAAAAAGUUUUAUUCUUUACGAAAACGAAAACUGCAUAUUGACAUUUUCAUCGCAAGCAUCACUGUCUCAUUGUAAGUCACCAAUUGUGAUAAAUAUCCAGACUAGGAUGAGAAGUUUUGAAGUGAAACACAUUCCUCACGUAAACAUAAAAUACCAGCACUGCUUGGGGUCAAACCAGUCAUACCUUUUAGGGUGCCAGUUCCACAGAAAACAGUUACAAGUUUGGCAGCCUUCUCUGUUCCUAGCCGGUUCCUUACAGAACUAUGCACAAACCCGAAUGUGGAGAAAAGACGUUCAAUACCAGCUGACGAAGCCACUGCACUGUGUAUCUGAUGUGCCAGGUUCAAAGUUGCAUGAUGAGUACUUUUCUCCAAAGCCAUCCACCAUUCUAGAGGUUUAAUCUCUUUUAGUGUUACAGGACUGAAUAAGUACUCCUUGAAAGGUGAACUUUUUGCCUUUUACUUAAUAAUAUCCGGAAUGGCUACAGUCAGGGAAAACCGGGCAAUGUCAGGGAAUUCCAUAUUCAAAAAUGUGUAGCAAUAUACCUUACACCUGAUGGGACUUCUGCUGAAACCAUAUGUGCAAAACAUAUUAUGGUGGUUUUGAUUAAAAUUAAUAUUAAAAACAAAAAAAAGUUAAACUUAAAAAAACUCUUUAAAACAUGACAAACUGUUUAAAACAAAAAAAAACAGUUUAAAACAAUAAAAAACAUGUUUUUUGAUUUUUUUUAAAAAAAAAUGUUUUUUUCCCAACCCUGCAUGAUUGGGAUACUUUAAACGUCACCAAUGUAAAUGUGCAGUUUGAGGUUUGAGCUUUUUUGGUAUUUACGGAGCAAGAAGCUUGGGAGUAUGUAGCACAAUACCAGCACUUGAAUCAGACACGUCAUCACACUUAUGUGCAAGGUACUAAACUGGUUUUCAGUCCUUCCCAUGGCAGUUUAUCUUAAUGGCUCUUACAGCAUUGACCCUAACGUUUAAUGUCUCAGUAACUUAAAAAAAGGUGUAAUGCUUGUUGGUCUGUUGCUUUUAAGAUUAUGUACUAGAAUUAAAACCAUUGUUAAAGCCACCAUUUCAGUCAGUUUCACUCCACAGAAACAAUUUAGAGACACCAUGUAAGGACAGUUCUAGAGUUUCAGCAUCUGUUGUUUAGAAAAUGCUUGUGUUAAACAAACGGCAGUUAGAAAUCCUAAUCAGUUAUUAAAUACCUGCACACUGUUUAGCAGCCGGGACAGCUCAAGUCAGAUGGCAGUCUCAUAAAAUUAACUACUGUUAUGAGAACAAUUACAAAUGGUGGAAUAUUAUACUUAGUAUAAUGCAAUAACAUUAAUUGUUGUGUAAUUACAAAACUUAUACUCAGUGUAAAAAGUAUAAAUAAUUCACGCUCUUUACUGUAGACCUCUUUUUUGGGGAAGCAUUGUAUGUUUCGUAUCAGCCAAAGAACUUCCGAUUAUUACUUAAAUAUCUUAUUAAGCGCCAAAAUUUUCGACACUCGUUCCUAAUGUUGCAGGAAUGUUGUAUAUUUUUGCAAGUCAGUGUUAAGAGUUCUUAAAUGUAUAUCAAACAUUGUGUUCUAUGUGGGAUAGCAUUUUACUCCUUAUAGAUUAUAGCUGUUUGUUAUUAAUGUGGUUUUUGUUUUUGAGAGUUCAAACUAUGAUAGACAUUUUUAUUUGUAACACCCAUAAAAGUUAGGCACUACUCAGACAACAGCCUAAGAGAUGAAACUUAUUUAUUUUUUUUGUUAAAGAAUGCUAAGCAAGCAAAUUUCAUUAAAAAAAAAUAUUUUAGAAGAAAUUCUUAUUUUUGUUGUUUGGAAAACAAAUAUAACGAAUUUAUUAGAAAAUACAUAGAUUUUUAACAUAUAAUAUUACUUCUUGAAAUUUGCCCAUUUCGGAACUAUUGUAACAUUAAACUUCAACAGCACACAAAAUGGUUUCCCAUUUUGGAUUCAUAUUUUUUUUCAUGGUAGUUUUAUAGUUUAGCUUCUGCAGAUAGUUACAGAGUAAAGUUUUCUUUAAUUGCUAUAGGACACUAAGUAUUAAAUUUUGUAUAUUUUUUUCUAUCUAUAUCAUACUCUGAUAUGUAGGUAAUAUUUUCAAGCUAUAGUGCAAUAUUUUGUUAUGGUUCUGGCAAAAACUUCUUUAUUCAGUUUUAUACGGGAAUUCAUUGUAAUUAUAAAUCAUAUAAUUGUAGUAGUUACGCUCCAAUUAAUGCAAAGUUGAACCAAUAAUUUAGUUAUUAAGGAACUGACUAAACAAAAUAUUUAUGAAUAAUUAGAGGUUUUAAGUGUUAAAUUCAGUAUGUAGUGUCAUAAAAUAAUCAGGCAUUUUCUCCAAUCUUCGUCAUUUGAUAUUAUUGGUGUUAUAAAUAAUGAAACACGGGUGGUUUGUGAAUACUUAAAAAAAUCUUUGCCGGUAUAAAUGUAUAUAUAUUUAUAUAUGUAUAUAUUUAUAUAUAUAUGCUUAUGUAAGAGGUGUGGUCAGGGUCCUUGGAUUCUAGCUCUGUAGUUGUGGGUUCAGUCCCCAUUAUGAGAAUGAGUGUGUGUUCACACUUAAGUAUUUGUAAGCCACUACCCAUUUAGCCCCUUGGCAUAUGGCAAUACAUGUUAGUAUGCUCUAAAAUUAAAAUAAAAUUUUGAAACAUAUGGUGAAUUAUCAUUUACCACUGCUGUUUACACCUAAGUUGGCUUUCUUGAUUUUGUGAUUGCCCGAUACCCAUCUAUUUCCUGCAGAGUAAAGCAUGUGACGUAGCAAACACCAGUUCGAAAUUUUUCCUUAACAUGUACAUGUACUGGAAAUAAAACAAUUAAACUCAUUGUUAGUAUGGUUCACAGAAAAAAAAGACAUUGUUCUGAAAAAAAUAUUAAAAAUUUGCACGUAUGUAAAAUAAUUUCAUGUAUCAUCAGUAACUUUUGUAUGUUUUUAAUAAUUUGUUUUUUUCAAUAAAAAUUUUACCUGAAAAAAAACUUUUUUGAUGAAGCUGUAGAAGUUUAACUUGUAAACAGUAGCCUGUAUAUCCUGUAUAGGGUUUAAUUCCUUUUAAGCUUAACCAUUAUGUGAAAUAAAACACUUGCUCAUGAUGGGAAUACUUUAGUAGCAAACUUCUUUCAGACAAAUCAAUUAGGACAGGAGAUGUUUUCAAUUGUAUUAUUACGAACAAAACAAAACUUAUAAGGUUUUUGCCUUAAUUUACACAGAUUUUGAGCUGCAUAGUUCAUAUGUUUUGAAGCAUUUGCAUUUACCUACCAACAUAAUAUAAUCAAGCCUUGCAGAAAUUUGUCAGUUCAUAUUAGUGUAUCCAUUUUUGCGGUCUAUACGGGUUCAGUAAAACUUUGUGUUGUUGUUGUUGUUGUGAUAUAUGUAAAAAUUUGAAAAUGGUGUCCCACAAUGAUCAUGUAAAGAAAAGAAAGUCUCUACAUUAAAAUUUAGUGAUAAUUGUACAUAAGUUUGCAGAUGCAUAGGGAGAUGACACCCCUCACUUAUUUCAGUAGCAAUAAUUUUAUUGUACUUUCACUUUCUGACUGAUCAAAAGAAGGGGAUCAAUCAUUUUUAUAGAAAGCUUACUUGAGAAAUGUGUAAAAUAAAUGUAUAAUUAUAAAAUAAGCCAUGCCUUUACCAUGUAAUAAACAAUAAUUUUUGGAGUAUGAUCCUACUGUUACAAUUUGAGUACAAACAGUGAGUUAACUGAAAAUUGUGCAAGGCAAAAGAAGGUAGUGUGGCAAUGCAUCCUGCCCAAUUUUUGGUAUAGAGGGAGAGUGAAAGGAUAUUGAAAUAUAACUAACUACAACUUAGUAUUGUAAUAAUUGUAAUUUAGUGCCUGCCAUUGCUCUGCACCUAGCAUGUUGGAAGUACUUGCAUUUGCUAACUUAUGAGUUACUUAUUGGAAAUUAAAAAUUAAAAAAUAUAUAUCUCGAACAUGUGACCAAAACAUAAUAACUACAUUUAAAGUUCUAUGACCUGAAAUAUAAUUAUAAUGAAAAUUUGUGAGACCAAAAUAUUAAUACAUGUAAAAAUUUUAAUUUGAUUUUUAGUGCUUUUUAUGGCACUUAAUUUGCUCUUUGUAUUGUGUUCAGCUUAUAAAGUUUUACUUGCUGUUUGUUGUGUAAAAUAUGCACGUGAUGUUAUAAACAAUUUGAGAUUCAUUUAUGUAUGAUGUAACCUUUGUUCGAAGCAGAUUUAGAAGUGUCCUUCUGACAAAAAUGAGUAAAAUGACUUUUAUUGGUAUUUCAACAGCUGAUAGUUGCAUUAAAGUAACACAGCAGUUUGUGCCAUCAUUGUUACAUAAUUAUCAUAGUAAUCUGUUUUAGAAAAAUAUGUAUUUAUUAAUACAAAUUAUCAUCACCAUAUAUGCCAAACAAUGGUGUAAUUAUUUCAGAUAGUGAAGUACAAAACCUGUUAUUAGUCUAUAAGAAUUGCCAAAGUGUGGCUUUUUGUAGGUUAACCAGUGAGAUAUCAGUGACAAAUUUUUAGUGGUUUUGAUGUCUGAAAGUAAGAACUCUUUCACUGUGCAAGGAAACAGCAGUUUUUAUUGGACUUGCAACCACUUCUUUUCCCUAGUCCCGAAAUGGUUUAUACAAUAUAUAUACUGAAAAUUGAUUUCACUUUUAAAUGGCAGUAAGUUUCUGUAUUUAUUACCAUGUUAGCAUGUGUCAGAUAUAAUUUUUUUUAAACAUAUUAAAGAAAUUGAUUUAAUGUGUAAAAUAUUAAUAUUUGCUUUGCCCCAAUGUUAAAAAUUUUUCUUUUCUUUCAGUUUCUUGAGAGCAUAUUCCUCAAUGUAAAAACCAUUUAUUUGCGUGCGGUGUCUUAUUGGAUUGGGAAUGGAAAAAGGGGUGGAUGCCUUCUGACAUGUUUUAUAAAAAUGUUUAGUGUAAACUUAGUUAAAGGGAGGAUAUGAAUUUGCGAUGCAGCCUCAUCUUUUUUAAUAAUAUAAUUCCCUUAUUAAACUUAUUUAAAUUAUAUAAACUGUAAUGAUGUCUGCAGAUAUUAUAUUAUUUAUCUUAUAAGUAAUCUUUACGCACUAUAUACUCAAACGUAAACUAUGCAAUUGUAUUUACUAUAUAAUACAACUCUAGCCACUAUGAAAACACAUUACUCCUAAUGCUUCUUUACUUCAGGGUUAUGUCUUGUCUCAUGCAGUGCGUCAUUGUGCUAAUAUAUAUUUGUGGAAAUGCUAUACUUGUUAUGUGUUGCUUCUUAUAUGGUUUUUUUUAGUAUAACUCAUUAAUGAAAGUUAGGUAUUAAAAUUCUGCUAUGUCAUUCAAGGACAUGUUUAUUUAUUUUUUAUUUGAAAAAUAAAAUGAAUAUUAAACAUUUCUAUAUUUAUAUUAAAUACAAUAAGGUGGAAUAAAUAAAAAAAUAAAAUUUCAGUUGAUUUGUUAAAAAAAAAAAAUUAUAUCAUUUCAAAUGUAACAUUCUUCAAAACUUAUAGUAAUUUGAUUUUUUAAUGAAAUAAUGUGUUUAAUUUAAAACUAUUUUGUAAAAGUUUGGAUUGAAAAUAGUCAGUCACUUUCAUUGCAGUUUAUACUAAUGUUACUGUACAUGAGAACACUACAAAUUUUCCUGAAAUUAAAUUUAAUGUGUAAUCUUAAUAUUAAAAAAUAUAUAUAUUUUGGGAAAUGUUGACCACUACUCUGGUGUAGAGUCGACCUCUGUGGUUUCAUUUGUAUUUGGUCAAAGGUGAGUUCUGUGUAGUGUAUCAGACCUAGAACUGGCUUUUCAACAGCCAGUAGUGUGCCCAUACUUACAUUAACGUAAUUUUGACAACAACGAAAACAUUUACAUAAAUAACUAAAUUAAAUUCAGAUUUAUGGGCUACAUUUUGAAAAGCAUUAAAACUGUUUAAUGUUUAGAAAAUAUCCUCUGAAACGUACAUUUAUACUGGCGUAAUAACACAAUAAUAAGUGUCUAUUAUAAUGAUAAAUAUUUUAGAUUUUACUAUAAAUAAUCAGUUGUGUAAAUGUGUUAGGGAGUCAUUAACUUUUAAACUGAUAAUGAUAAACUAAUACUUAUAUUAAAAAGCUGUAUUUUUUAAAUGGCUGCACCUAAUGUAAAACUUAUCAAAAGAUAAUUUUUUUAAUUUAUUUCAAUACUUUUAAAUGGAAUAGGUAUAUUUAGGUAGUGACAAAUUAAAAUGUAAUUUAUUUAAAUGGGAUUUGAAAUUAGAUUGCAGUAAACAUUUAAUGCUAUGCAUUUACUAAAUCUUG